AUGGCCUCGACCAACAUCUCCAAGCGAAGAAAGUUCGUGGCUGACGGUGUCUUCUAGUAAGCUCGAUCGUCCAUCGUCUCGAGAAACUACACCCCAGGACGCCGUGGCUGACCUGCGUCUUUGCUCGCGUUACUCCUCUCUCUUUCCAUCCUGCAGCGCCGAGCUCUCCGAGUUCUUCACUCGAUCGCUCUCGUCCGAGGGUUACUCGGGAUGCGAGGUCCGUGUCACCCACGCCCGCACCGAGAUCAUCAUCCGCGCGACCCACACCCAGGAGGUCCUCGGCGAGAAGGGACGUCGCAUCCGCGAGCUCACCUCGCUCGUCCAGAAGCGAUUCAAGUUCCCCGAAGGCGCCGUCGAGCUCUACGCCGAGAAGGUCCAGAACCGUGGUCUUGAUGCUGUUGCCCAGUGCGAGUCGUUGAGGUACAAGCUCCUCGGUGGUCUUGCCGUCCGACGGUCAGUCGCGAGAGCGUGCUGUUAUCCCUUGGCGAGCGGCGGCCGCUAAUCAGCCAGUUCUGCCUGCCCACAGUGCUUGCUACGGUGUGCUCCGAUUCAUCAUGGAGUCCGGUGCCAAGGGUUGCGAGGUCGUUGUCUCCGGCAAGCUGCGUGCCGCCCGUGCCAAGUCGAUGAAAUUCACCGACGGCUACAUGAUCCACUCCGGUCAAGUGAGUGCCAGCCCACCUACCUCCUGAUCAGGUAGUGGGACACUGUACUGAUUUGCACCCCUGAUUUGCACCCCAUCUUUCCUUCCCUUAGCCCGCUCGCGAGUUCGUUGACCAUGCCGUCCGCCACGUCUUGCUCCGACAAGGUGUUCUCGGUAUCAAGGUCAAGAUCAUGAAGGCAUGGGACCCCCAAGGCAUCACCGGCCCCGCCAAACCCUUGCCCGAUGUCGUCACCAUCGUCGAGCCCAAGGAGGAGUCGGCUUCGGCCACGCUUGGCCAACCCGUUUCCGAGGCCCGUGGUGGUGCCGCCGAGAUCGUGGCCCCUGCCCAACAACAGGCCCCCGCCCCGGCCCAGGCCGCUCCCGCCCAGGCUGAGACUCCCGCCGCUGAGGCAGCCCCCGCCGCUUCCGGUGACUGGUAA